AUCUACAACUACUCGCCUUUGUUUAACAUCACUGUACACGUCUGACUGAUUCUCAAUGGCACCUCUGUAUAAGAAGAGUCUAGUUGGGGAUUAUACUCUCCCACAGACAUUGGCAGACGAGCUAGAACGAGAACAUCGAGUGGAGGAUGCGGUUUCAACCGAUGAAAUCAAACAAGACCUCACUAAAAAUGAAUACCAACAAAGGAAAUAUCAACGACAGAUAAAUGUGGAUUUGAAUCAAGUACAGUCGUACAAGGAGAUUAUGGCCCAGAGAGAUCUCGAGAGAGAGGAGAAACGAGUACAAAGAAUUAUAAACGAAAAGAAAGAGGACGGUUACAUUCCUCUACAAAUAAAGUCAUCCACAGAGAAUACCCUACCAACUCAACGGGUUAGAAAACGAAGAUGGGAUGUCUCCCCAGAGGAAUGGGAAGAAGCACAUUCAAAAAAACACAACUCAGUUUCGAUAGUUCCUUCAUGUAGUCUUAUUGUAAAUGGGAUUCCCUUGACUGAUCAAAUUCUAGAUAAGAUUUUACCCCUGGGUUAUAAAAUCGUACCAUUCCCUGAGUCGUUCAAGCAAUUUGAUAGUUCGAUUCCACCAGACACCACUGAUGUCCCUGUGAAUUAUUAUGUACCACCUUCUACCGAUCAGGCCGGCUUAUCGGACAAAAGUAAACUUGAUGGAAACAAGGAUCUUAUCAUGACCGAAAUCAAAGAUUUAGAAUAUUUCAAAGAGGAAGAUGCCAAAUACUUUGGCAAGUUAGCUACUCUAGAUGAAUCUGAGGCGGCAACCAAUGAAGUGAAGUUCAUGAAGCUUCUUCUUAAGGUUAAGAAUGGUUCUCCUAUCGCUAGAAAGAGAUCGUUGAGACUGAUCACUGACAAUGCUCGCAAAUUUGGACCACAACUAAUCUUCAACCAGGUUCUCCCUAUCCUCUUGGAGCCCAACUUGGAUGACCAAGAAAGACAUUUGCUUGUGAAGCUCAUAGGAAGAGUGCUAUUCCAGUUAGAUGAUUUGAUUCGUCCGUAUACACAUAAGAUAUUGGUAGUGGUGGCGCCCCUUCUUAUCGAUGAAGACUUUACUACCAGACUCGAAGCGAGAGAUAUUGUUUCGAAUCUCGCAAAGGCAGCUGGAUUGUCCAAUAUGAUCUCUAGUCUCAGGCCAGAUCUAGACCAUGUUGAUGAGUUUGUGAGGAAUACCACCUCACGUGUGUUUGCUAUUGUAGCUAAUACCCUAGGACUUGUCAACUUUCUUCCAUUCCUCAAAGCGGUUAUAAAGUCCAAGAAAAAUUGGAUGGCUAGACACACUGGUAUCAAGAUUGUACAGCAGCUCUGUAUCAAUCUAGGAGGAGGUAAUGGGAACACGCUAUUGCCAUACAUGCCCCAACUUAUAGAUGUGCUCAAACCUGGGUUGACCGAUGAGGUUUUACAGGUUCGUACAAUGACCGCAUUAGCGUUAUCUCAACUUGCAGAAAGUGUAAAUCCAUAUGGGAUUGAAUCUUUCGAGGUUAUUCUUGAACCUACCUGGCUUGGGCUAAAGAGACAUAGAGGUAAAGGUCUAGCAAGUUUCCUUAAAUGUAUUGGAUCGAUUAUCCCAUUAAUGUGUCAUGAUCCAAAUUAUGAAGAAUACGCCAACUAUUAUACCCGAGAAUUGAUGAAUGUGAUAUCUCGAGAAUUUCAAUCUCCAGAUGAAGACAUGAAGAAAUCGAUUCUUCGGAUUAUGUCGACCCUUCCUCUUUCCAAGGCUUCUAUUCCAGAAUAUCAACUGAAAAUCUUGGAACCUUUUUUGAAGUUUUUCUGGAAUAGAAGAGUAGCGUCAGAUUCCAACCAAUUAAGUAGGUUGGUUGUUGACGCCACAACGCAACUUGCAGUUAAAUUUGACCUUCUUGAAGUUCUCGAAAGUAUAGUGGUCUAUUCGAAAGAUGAAAAUGAAUCGCUCAGAAAAAUGAGUGUGGAGGCAAUAAAUAAAAUGAUUGUGUCUAGUGAAGAAGGUCUUUUAGGAUUGGAUUCACAAUUGGAGCUUUCUCUUGUGGAUGGUGUCCUCUUUGCAUUUCAAGAACAAACUAUUCAUCUUCGUAUAUACUUGCAAGCAUUGGGGACCGUAGCAAAUACUUUGGGUGUUAGACUCAGGCCACAUAUGGAUUCCAUUAUAAGUACAAUCUUGUAUAGAUUGAAGAAUAAGACUCCGGAAAUUCGUCAACAAGCAUCGGAUUUAGUGGCAACAAUUUCUCCAGUUAUCAAAGUAUGUUAUGGAGGAAAUGAUGAGAUAUUAACAAAAUUAAUUUUGAUUUUGUACGAGUCUUUGGGUGAAGUUUACCCAGAAGUUCUUGGUUCGAUCUUAAGUGCCUUACAUGCAUGUAUUGAAAGUAUUGAUAAAUCAUCACUCUAUACUAUGCUGAAUCCUUCCGUAAAUCAAAUCUUGCCUACUUUGACUCCUAUCUUGAAGAAUAGGCAGGAUAAGGUUCAAGAAGCAUGUAUCAAACUUGUGGGACUCAUUGCCAGAAAGAAUGCUGAAUCUAUAAAUGCUAAGGAGUGGAUGCGUGUAUGUUUUGAAUUACUUGAUAUGCUUAAGAGUUCUAAAAAGAGAAUUAGAGUUGCCGCUAAUGAUACUUUUGGUCAUAUAGCUAAAACUAUAGGUCCUCAAGAUGUACUUGCGAUGUUGUUGAAUAAUUUAAGAGUUCAAGAACGUCAAUUGAGAGUUUGUACUGCCGUUGCAAUUGGUAUUGUGGCGGAAACAUGUUCACCAUUCACUGUCCUCCCUGCAUUGAUGAAUGAAUACAGAACCCCAGAUAAUAAUGUUCAAAAUGGUGUUUUGAAAGCAUUGAGUUUCCUUUUCGAAUACAUUGAUGGCACUAUGACGAAAGAUUACCUAUUUGCAAUGACUCCAUUGAUGGAGGAUGCUCUUACAAACAGAGACUUGGUACAUCGUCAAACUGCCUCUACGGUUGUGAAAAAUAUGGCUAUUAACUGUGUUGGAUUAUCUCAUGAUGAGUAUGCAGACGUGUUCGUACAUUACUUGAACUUACUUCUUCCAAAUAUUUACGAAACGUCACCUCAUGUUAUUAGCCGUAUACUUGAAAGUAUGGAUUCCUUGAGGAUAAAUCUUGGUUCUGGAAUAUUUAUGAACUAUGUAUGGGCUGGUUUAUUCCAUCCUGCAAAGAAAGUUCGUGGCCCUUACUGGAAAUUAUAUAACAGGGCUUACAUUCAAAAUAGUGAUAUUUUGGUGCCUUCAUAUCCAACAUUGGAUGAUCUUACCGAUGAAUAUGGUAGAUCUUAUGAGAUUGAAGAAUUAAAUUUGGUUUUAUAGUGACAUAAUUACAUUAAGAUUCGAACUAUAGUAUAUUUUUCUUUAUGUAUUUUGCUAUGUAUUAAUAUUAUCGAUAGGU